UUAUAGUGUCACUAUAUCUUUUUCUUUUCAAAUCUUUAGUAAAAUGGGUCUAAAGUCUGUGUUGUGUGGCAAGGUAGAAAUGAAGGCUAAUAAAGAUGUGUUUCAUGAUAUUUUUACAAAUAAACCACACCAUGUCUCUACUAUGUCCCCUUUGCAUAUACAAGGAUUUGAACUUCUUGAAGGUGACAUUGGAAUUGUUGGAUCCAAAAUUUGUUGGAACUAUACCCUUGAUGGGGAAAAGAAGAUCUCCAAACAAAUACUUGAAACUAUAGAUCAUGAAAAAAAGGUGCUCACACUCAAAGAAUUUGAAGGAGAUGUAAUAGAUAAAUAUGAUAGUUUUAAAGCAACUCUUCAUAUCGAAACAAAAGACGAAAUCGAUUUGGUUAGCUGGACAUUGGAGUAUGAAAGGCCAAAUGAGAAUGUCCCUGAACUCAUAAAUGUGUUGAACUUCGUUGUUGGUAUGACAAAAGCUAUUGAUGAUCACCAUGCCAAUUGAUGAAUUGAUAAGAUCUAUGUUGCUCGUACUCUUUAAAAAUGUCUUCAGGUUCGUAUUGAAU